AAUUGAGUCCUGAGAUUCCCAGAAAGGGGAGAAGACGGAGCUGAAUUUUGCAGCAGCCAGCAGUCGUUUGUGUGUGUGCGUUGGAAUCUUGACGAGUGGCCCCUCUGUUUUCCUCCAUUCUUUUUCCGCCAUUAAAACAAUUUGACAUCUUAACACCCCCUUUUUAGACUUUUCUAGGGUUCCUUCACCUUUCCUCAAACCCCAUUUUCUAUCCUUUUUCACGCCUCACACUCUGCUUCACUAUUUUUGAUCUGUUGGUUACUUUGAGGUUUCUAUUAUGGCUGACGGGGAGCUGGACAUGUCUAACCAAGAAAUGUUGUCAAGUUCGAAUUUUGGUGAAUUUAGUAGUUCAAUGGACAGCUUUUUCAAUGAGAUUCUCAAGGAUGCCCAUGCCUGUACUCAUGCCCACACUUGUAACCCGCCUGGUCCUGAUAACUCUCAUACUCACACUUGUUACCAUGUUCACACCAAAAUAGUACCUACCACAGACGAUGAUAAGAACCCCAGCGAUGAUACUGCAGAGUCUGCUGAGAAUAAAGGAAAGAAACGCCCUGUGGGUAAUAAGGAAGCUGUUCGCAAGUAUCGUGAGAAAAAGAAGGCUCGAGCUGCUUCAUUAGAGGAUGAAGUUGUCAGAUUGAGGGCUAUAAAUCAGCAACUCUUGAAGAGGCUGCAGGGUCAGGCCGUAUUGGAAGCGGAGGUUGCUAGGCUCAAGUGUUUGCUUGUGGAUAUAAGAGGAAGGAUUGAAGGGGAAAUUGGAUCAUUUCCAUACCAGAAGCCCAUGAAGAGUGGCAAUGCAUAUCAGCACAUUGUUAAUCCUAGCUUUCCUGGAGCAUAUGUGGUGAACUCGUGCAACCUACAAUGUGAUGAUCAGGUUUAUUGCCUCCACCCAGGUGCAGAAGGUAAAAGCUCAGAUGGCACUGUAUUAAAUGGACAAGGCUUCAACAACUGUGAAUUUGAGACUCUCCAAUGCUUGGGUAAUCAAACCGCUGGGCUGGAGGAGGUUCCUGGGUGUAAUGUGGGUAAUAGCACACCUACUGCCAACACUUCUGGUCGAAGCAAGAGAAAAGGAGGCACGCAUACAACAAGAAGUUGAGGAUCUUCUUGGGAGGGCAUCUUUGUUCUUGAGAAUAAUCAUGUAAAGCAGAAAUAACCGAACGAAUAUAGCUAGCAGAACUCAUGAAGAGGAUACCAAGGGUUGUGGUUUUCUGUGAAGAUCUGGAAGCUUUAUUCCUCACUGUUGUAUUUAUUCAUUCUUUGAUCUGUGAUGAAUGUCGCCUCUUGCCGAUGGAUUUCUAAAAUGAUAGUUCUCGUUCUUAGAUUAUGUGAAUUUGAAACCGCUAAAUUUAAAAUAGAUGGUGGCUUUUUUAAUUGCUCGUGGUUCUGCUGUCAAAAGUGGCAAAAUUGAAACAUUCUUGACAAAUUAUUGAAGUGCA